AUGAGAUCUGAAGAAGCUAAGAAGCAUCUCCAGGAUCACAGUGCAGUUGGAAGUGAAAGGCCAAUGUCUCCAGAAGAAAAAGUUUGUAAGUACUGUGGAGUCAGCUAUCUAAUUCUUCAUGAGUUUAAGGCUAUGGAAGAAAAAGUGAAAAUGAUGGAAAAAGAGAUGAAAUUUUAUCAAGGAAGUGUAGAACGUGAAAAGAGCCUUCAAGAAACGCUACAGUCUCUUAGCCAAGAUUUUGAACAGUACAAAAUUGACAAUGAAUCCAAAAUGGAAAGAAUUCAAGAUGCAAGCAUGCAGUUAAAAAGUCACCAAAAUGAUUUUCAGAGAGUACAGAAAGAAUUGAGUCAGUUGCAACAUGAGUUAAAAAUUAAACAAAGACAAUCACAAAUCUUCAG